CACAAGCACGCCCGCCAGCGCACCAUCUCCUUCGUCACCCCGCGUCCCAUCAAGCUGACGUCGAGCUCGAGCAGCACCUCGCUCUCGUCCUCCACUUCGAUCACCUCCUACGGCUCCCGGCGGGACAGCGACGCCUGGGACUCCGAUGAGUCCCAGCAAUCCGAGGGAGACUCGUUCCCUCGAACGCCGCGUCCGAUGCGUUCGGAGAAGCACCCCCGCGCGCUCAAGCUGGCCGGGUUCUCUCAGUACUGACGAGGACGUCGAAGCCGCACGACGGGAUUUGGUCGAGGGGAAGAAGAAAAGACUCCACUUGCCACGUUUUUCGACCAUCGGAGCCCCCCCACCUGCGAUGAUUUUCAAUCAGACUAUGCGAGAUCGUCCGGGUGCGAACACCAGACUCCGCCGCACAUCGGCUUUCAGAGCCGCAAAUCAACGGGACUCCAGCGGUUCCGGCAACCGGAGCCAUCAUUCCCUUUCGACGUCGUUCUCUCGACUCCGUCCAGCAUCCGCGUCAAGAUCAGACCUCGACUUCGACGAGGGCCAGGGCCAGGGCCGUCGGUCGAGGUUGCGGAUCGCAGAGACUCCGAUGCGCGGCCAUCGACGCAGCACCGCCCGCGCGGCGUCGACGUUGUUCCAACGCAAAAGGCCUUUCUGUUCUCAACGGUCUCUCGUCGGCGAGGGGGAGAUCCGGAAACAGGGGUCCACUCUCUCACACAGCCUGAGCUCUCGCAAGUCAAGUCCGGUCCGGUCACGAUGAGCGUCAGGCUUGAUCGACUUCGCUCCAGCCCCCACCGGAGAAGGAGGUUACGUGGAGAUUCUCUGUCGAAAGGUCGCCUGUUUCUAAUUCGGGAUGUUUUCGUCACGUGGCGGCGCGCGGGAAAUGGAUCUAGCUUUUGUUUUGAGUGAUUCGAUGGGAGGAGAGCUGGAAAGGCGGGUAAUGGGUAAUGGAUUUUCUCGAGGUCGAUUCAGGAACUUUUACUAGUGUUCAAUACAAUUCUCGUGUUUUUGAUAUUCAUUUCGGUCUCCGUU